AAGCAGCAACAUAUCACCUCCCAAGUAAACGAUAUCGCGGUCAGGGUUUUUGGCACUUGAGAGCGGCGCAGCGAGUCAGGCAUUACUCCGUCGAUCACAACUACUAGAUGGGCCACUCAAAUAUUUGGAACUCGCAUCCCAAGAACUACGGUCCUGGAUCCCGAACCUGCCGAGUGUGUGGAAACCCUCAUGGGAUAAUCAGGAAGUAUGGACUGAUGUGUUGUAGGCAGUGCUUCCGCAGCAAUGCGAAGGAAAUAGGCUUCAUCAAGAUAAAUCCCAUAAGUUAGAAUGAAGCAAAACAGGAACCGAUUCGACUUGGCUCGAAUCUGUAGUGGCCUCUUUUAUUAUGCAAGGUUCACGGUUGAACUCUCCCUAGAGUAUUCGAGCCUUCAACCGUCCUCUCUUUGCCAAGGAAAAAGGAAUAAAAUAGGAGCAAUUUUCGUACUAAAUUCUUUGAAGUGUGGGAUUUCCAUAGACUAGUCUGCAUUGUCGUUGCUAAAUUUGUUUAUUAAGUGAGGUGAGACAUUCGUAUUUGUUUUUGACUGCAGUACCGCUGAAUGGAGAACUCGGUGAUAUCUGUUUUUGAAGGCUCUGUCUGAAAUAU